UUUAUCCAAGAUACCAUGAAGACUGUGACCCAUUACCACGCCAGCCAGCUCCUCCACAACAAAUUUGUUAUUGUAAUUGGUGAUUCCAUUCAGCGUUCAGUGUACAAGGACUUGGUUCUGCUGUUGCAGAGAGAUGGUUACUUAAGUUUGCCCCAGCUUAAAAGCAAGGGAGAGCUGUCCUUUGAACGGGACACCCUGGUGGAAGGAGGAAAACUGGGUCAAAUGUCAAAUGGGACAGAGUACCGUGAGGUCCGACAGUACCGCUCGGAUCACCACCUCGUGAGGUUUUACUUCGUCACGCGGAUCUUCUCUCGAUACAUGGAGAGUGUGCUCGCUGAUCUGGAACAUGGAAUCAAACCGGACAUGGUCGUCGUCAACUCUUGUGUAUGGGACAUUUCCAGGUACAAUCGCAAAUGGGUCUUGGAUUACAGGGAGAAUCUCAACAAAUUCUUCUCACAGUUGACAGCCGUCCUCCCACAGGAAUGUCUGAUACUGUGGAAUAUGACAAUGCCACUGGGAGAGAGAAUCCUCGGUGGUUUUCUGGUUCCAGAGAUCAAGGAAAUGGCCCCGUUGCUACGAUACGACGUGAUUGAGGCAAACUUCUACAGCGCCACGAUGGCUGAGGCUUAUGGGCUGGACGUGUUGGACCUGCACUUCCUGUUCCGAUUCAGCCUGGAGCACCGCAUGAAGGAUGGGGUCCACUGGAACAGUGUGGCCCACCGUCGCAUCACAAAUUUACUGCUAGAACACGCUGCACAGGCCUGGGGUGUGGAGCUUCCCAAUCCACUUUCCACAGACCGCGUACAGAAGGGGACACAGCAGAAAGCGCUAAAGACUUAUCAGGGUGAUUACGUGCAGCCUCUCCUCUGGUCAAACCCGCCUUGCUACGGGGGGGUCCACUGGAACAGCCAGGCCCACCGUCGCAUCCCAACUUUACCGCUGGAACACGCUGCUCAGGCCUGGGGUGUGGAGCUUCCCAAUCCACUUUCCACAGACCACGUACGGAUGAGGACACAGGGUGAUUACGUGCCGCCACUCCUCUGGUCGCAUCCGCCUUUCUACGAAGGGCCAAACCGCCACUCUGAACAACUGGUAGCACACAGCGGUGGCUUUGACCCAAGCUUUUAUCGGGAUCGUUUGUGCACUCAGCCUUAUUUUACUGCCGGCUCCCUCAGCUUCGACAGCGACUUCGUCCAUAAUAAAAACAACCAUAACGGUGGCGACUACUGGUCCGUGUCUAAUCAGCGAUCUUUAGCUGCUGCCCCGACCAGAAACAAUUAUGUGAUGAAGACACAACACAAGCACAACAAGAGGUCGUACGCCCCUUAUAUUUCCCGAAGGCAUAACCCAAACUACAGACAGUAA